AGCAAGCACAUAGUCGUGUGUAGAAUAGUGGGUAUUGCCAUGUGAACUGCGAAACGUUCCCGAUAAGUUAUAUGUGCUACGAACUAAAGCAACAAAUACUUAAUACAACCAAUGAUGAAAUUCGUAUUCGGUUGUAACAAAUAGAUAUACAUACGAAGAAUCUUAAAGUGAAGUGAUCUUUUUAACCCGAUCUCGCAGCACUCGCAAACGUGAAAUACCAAAUCAAAUGCCACGCAAUAUUACCUGUACUCUGCCAGUGGAAAAGUUUACUCUUUUCAAACGCGAAUAGAAAUCGAAUUUGUAUUAUUUUUUAAAGUUGAUUCGAAUUCCAUCUGGUUUCUCCCCGGCUAAUACCAAACUAAUUAUAUUAGAGUCAAGCGCGUGUCUCCUAUUUUUUGAUUGAGAAGUGCUAAUCAAACGCGGUCGUCCAAAGACAAACCCGGCGACCAAACGAGUCCCUUGUAAUGCUACAUUCUAUAUAGUACAAUUUAACUCCAAUCAGUGCAAUCAGCAUGCAGUCGAUGAAAGCCGAUGAACUGCCGGAGAAUCCCCGGGAACGCUCCAACCCCCUCUCCUCCCUACUGUUUUGUUUUGCCAUGCCAGUGCUUUUUAAAGGGCGGAAGAAGACUCUGGAGCAGAAGGAUCUGUAUAGGGCCCUAAAAGAGCACAAGUCUGACUCUCUUGGAGAUCAAUUGUGCAAAGCUUGGGAUGAGCAGCUAACCAAAAAUGAGACACCACAUUUGGGUCGCGCCCUAAUAAAAGUAUUUGGCUUUCGGUUGUUCCUUACGGGCAUGUGCCUAUUUGCCCAGGAAUUCUUAACUAAAGUCACCCAGCCCAUUUGUUUGUUUGGAGUAAUGGCUUAUUUUGCGGGCAAUGAUCCGGAUUUUACAAAGGCCCAGUUGUAUGCAGCAGGUCUUAUUGCCGGUUCCGUAUUUAGUGUGCUCAUAGGUCAUCCUUAUAUGUUGGGUCUACUUCAUCUGGGUAUGAAAAUGCGCGUUGCACUCAGCAGUCUUAUCUAUCGCAAGGCUCUCCGGCUGAGUAGAACUGCUCUGGGCGACACCACAGUCGGUCAGGUGGUCAAUCUUCUCUCCAACGAUGUUGGUCGCUUUGAUACGGUUCUGAUCAACGUACACUACCUCUGGAUAGCUCCUUUGGAACUUAUUGCAGUCACCUACCUGAUGUUUCUUGAGAUUGGCGUAUCUGCCCUCUUUGGGGUGGCCAUAAUGUUGCUGUUCCUGCCUUUCCAAUCCUACCUUGGCAAACGGACAAGCGUGCUGCGCCUGCGUACCGCUUUGCGAACGGACGAACGUGUCCGCAUGAUGAACGAGAUCAUAUCGGGAAUUCAGGUUAUCAAGAUGUACGCCUGGGAGAAGCCAUUCGGCAAGAUGGUGGAGCUCACCCGCUUCAAUGAGAUGCUGUCCAUCAAACAAGUCAACUACAUUCGCGGCAUCCUAAUGUCGUUUUCCAUGUUCCUGUCGCGGAUUUUCACCGCUUCCAGUUUAAUUGCAUUCGUCCUGCUGGGGAAUGUCCUGAAUGCUGAGAGGGCUUUCUUCGUCACUGCCUACUACAAUAUCCUGCGUCGCUCAGUGACCAUGUUCUUCCCGCAAGGCAUCUCCCAAUUCGCCGAGCUACUGGUUUCCGUUCGAAGAUUGGAGACAUUUAUGCAUCGCCCAGAGACCCAGGUCAGGGACAAGUCGAAGAGCCCGAUUAUACCGAUCCCGAAGGCAGAAAUCAAAAUUGAAGACAGUCCUAAGAGCAAUGGAUCCUCAGAGAAUUUAAUCGAAUUCAGCCAGUUCCAGGCCCGGUGGGAGAGCCAUUCGGUGGAUCCCACGUUGGAGGAUAUCAAUCUACAGCUGGGACGUCGUAAAUUGGUGGCCGUCAUCGGACCCGUAGGUGCUGGCAAGUCAAGCUUAAUUCAAGCGGUUCUCGGCGAACUGCCGUCAGAAAGUGGAACCUUGAGGGUCAAUGGAAGUUAUUCCUAUGCUGCCCAGGAGCCGUGGCUUUUUACCGGCACUGUGCGCCAGAACAUUCUGUUUGGAUUGGAAUGGGACAAGCAUCGCUAUCGCACUGUGGUAAAGAAGUGCGCCCUAGAGAGGGACUUCGAACUAUUACCUUUCGGUGACAAGACAAUAGUCGGCGAACGGGGAGCAUCACUUUCCGGCGGGCAGAAGGCCAGGAUUAGUUUGGCCCGAGCAGUUUACCGGCGAGCAGAUAUCUAUCUACUCGAUGAUCCACUCAGCGCUGUUGAUACCCACGUCGGGCGCCACUUGUUUGAUCAGUGUAUGCGCGGUUAUUUGAGAAGUGAGCUCGUGAUCCUGGUCACCCACCAGCUGCAGUUUCUGGAACAGGCUGAUCUAAUAGUCAUCAUGGACAAGGGUCGUAUAAGUGCCAAGGGCACGUAUUCAUCGAUGAAGCGAAGUGGAUUGGAUUUUGCUCAGCUGCUGACUGCGCCGAAUAAAAAUGACGAAGAACUGGACGAAGCGGAUGGGGCAGGUGGAGAUGGUCCAGACCUAUUGAAUGUGCCUUCGAUGAGCAGAAGGGGUAGUAGGAAUAGUAAGCCAAGCACCCGAAACAAUAGCUUCACCUCGUUAAGCUCCAUGGCGGAGUCCAUGGCCCAGGAGUCGACCAUGCAGAUGCAAGAGACGCGAGUGGAAGGCAAGAUCGGUCUGGGUCUGUACAGGGAGUAUCUAACAGCGGGAAGCAGUUGGUUUAUGAUCUUCUUUAUUGUCUUCCUCUUCUUGGCCACACAAAUCCUCUCCUCAGCAGCGGACUACUUUUUAUCUUAUUGGGUAGAUAAGAGAGUGUACGAUGAGACGGAUCUUAAUAGUGAUCCACAGGACAUGUACUUCUUUGCUGCUCUUAAUAUGGGCGUGGUGGUGCUCACCAUAGUACGCACCAUGUUGUUCUACAAAAUGGCCAUGCGAAGCUCCACGCAGAUGCACAACGCAAUGUACCAGGGCAUUACAAGGGCAGCCAUGUACUUCUUCAACACGAAUCCCUCGGGACGCAUACUCAACCGCUUCUCCAAGGAUCUGGGACAAUUGGAUGAGAUUCUGCCAACUGUUAUGCUGGAUGUGAUUCAAAUAUUCCUGACUUUACUCGGAAUAAUUGUGGUGAUUUGCAUCACUAAUCCGUACUACCUCAUUUUGACCUUAGCCUUAGCUUUGAUUUUCUACUAUAUCAGAGAGUUUUACCUGAAGACAUCAAGAGAUGUGAAAAGAUUAGAGGCUGUGGCUAGAUCACCUAUAUAUUCUCAUUUGAGCGCCACGAUUACCGGCUUGCCCACAAUCCGAGCUCUGGGAGCUCAAAAGGAACUGAUUGCGGAGUUCGACAAUUUACAAGAUUUGCACAGCUCCGGAUACUACACCUUUCUGGCGACGAAUCGAGCUUUUGGCUAUUACCUAGACUGCUUCUGCACCUUGUAUAUUGUGAUAAUAAUUCUUAACUACUUUAUAAACCCACCGAAAAGUUCUGGAGAAGUGGGAUUGGCAAUCACCCAGGCGAUGGGUAUGACUGGAAUGGUGCAGUGGGGAAUGCGCCAAUCGGCGGAACUGGAGAAUACGAUGACUGCUGUGGAGCGAGUAGUGGAAUACGACGAAAUCGAACCGGAGGGCGAAUUUGAGUCACGAGAAGGCAAGAAACCCUCUCCGAGCUGGCCCGAAAAGGGUGAGAUUAUAGCAGAGGAUCUAUGUCUGCGCUACUUCCCGGAUCAGCAGGCUAAGUACGUUCUUAAGGCACUCAAUUUCCAUAUCCUGCCCUGUGAAAAAGUGGGUAUUGUUGGUCGAACUGGAGCUGGCAAAUCCUCGCUAAUCAACGCUCUCUUCCGACUAUCAUACAAUGAGGGCAUCAUCACCAUCGAUGAAAGGGACACGGCUGAGAUGGGACUGUUUGACUUGCGCAGCAAGAUAUCCAUUAUACCACAGGAACCUGUACUUUUCUCAGGAAGCAUGCGAUAUAACUUGGAUCCCUUUGAGGAGUAUAACGAUGCCAAGCUAUGGGAAGCUCUAGAGGAGGUUAAGCUGAAACCACUCAUUGCAGAACUACCCAAUGGACUGCAGAGCAAGAUAUCCGAGGGUGGCAAUAAUUUCAGCGUUGGGCAGCGUCAAUUGGUUUGCCUGGCCAGGGCAAUUCUCCGAGAGAAUCGUGUCCUAGUGAUGGACGAGGCAACGGCCAAUGUGGAUCCGCAAACCGAUGCCCUGAUCCAGGCGACAAUUCGAAGUAAAUUCCGCGACUGCACAGUGCUAACUAUAGCCCAUCGCCUGAACACGAUUAUGGAUUCGGAUCGUGUUCUAGUAAUGGACGCAGGUCAUCUUGUAGAGUUCGGUUCACCAUACGAACUUCUCACAUCCACCGAAACAAAGAUCUUCCAUGGCAUGGUCAUGGAAACUGGUCAAAACAGCUUCGAUAGCCUUCUCAAGGUAGCCGAACAGGCCCAUUUGGAAACGAAGAAACCCAAAUCUGAGUAGAUUAAAGUUCUGUUAAAUGCUUUAUACGAGUACAUUAGAAGCCAAAAAGGUCUCAUUUUCUGGCUGUAAGCGCCUGCAAAGUUGUACCUAAUCCAGCCAGCCAGCUGCAUUUAAGAUAAUUUUCUACUUAAAGUAUUACGCCUUCGAACCUUAUAUACUUAUAUGAACACCUUAAAUCCUUAAAAAUAUUUUGUAAAAUAAAGAGUUAGCCCAAUGGAGUGUUAAACAGAGUCUCACAAAAAACUCUGUUUUGCCUUUUCGUUUUGUUAAUAAAAGAACGAUAGACAGCUCCUAA